UCACUUCGUUUAUUUUUCAUAAAAUUGUUUUCCUCAGUUUUGAUAGCCGCCAACUUCUUGUUUCUGGAAUCGUGAGGAAUUGUAAAUAGCAUUUUGCGAUUGUGAAAUUUGUGUUGUUGCAUGCAACAAUUUUCAUAAUUUUCUUUUAAAAUUUUCAUCUUUAUUUUCAUCUUCAUUUUCUUAUGUAAAGAAAAAGAAAACACCUGAAUUAGAGACCUAUGCAACUGACAAUGUCAAGCUCCAAGAUGAAAAGCCUCUUGAAAGGCCUACGAUACAUUUCUCAAGUUUUUGAAAGUGGAAAAGAAGAAGAGAUAGAGAUAGGGAAUCCAACGGACGUAAAGCAUGUUGCUCAUAUUGGUUGGGAUGGUCCAUCCGCUACUCCUGCCUCCGCACCAAGCUGGAUGAAUGAGUUCAAAAAUGGUGGAGGAUUCGAAUCUGGACAAGGAGGCGGAGAAGAUGAUUCAUCCGUGAAAUGUAUGUCGGAAUGUGGCGGUCGGACCAGAGAUUUACCAAAACUACCAAAAUCUUCGAGGAAAGCGGCUUCCGAGAAAGGUUCUCCGACAAGGGAAAUAUCAUCUGACAAAACUAAACGAAGGUCUUCGAAGAAAGGAACAACAUCAUCGUCAAGAAGACCAAAGGAAGUGUCUGAACUAAAUGAGCGUGCUUCGUUACAGGAAGCUCCGAAGAAAUCGAGGAGGAAGAAGAAGACGAAAGAAAUUGGAGGAUCAACUAGAUCGAUACGAAGAUCUGACGUGGAUAACAUGUCGGAUUAUAUGUCUGAAACUGGUUCUAUAAGAUCUAUGCCUCAAUUCGACAACAGAGAUGACUUUUGAAAUGGCGAGACAGUCUUUCCUUCCUGUUUGGAGAUAUGCAUGGCUAAUUAAUUUUCAGA